AUGUCUCCAACAAGAAAGAAACAAAGCCAUGUCAUAAGACUCGCAAUUGUUGCUUUUGCAAGCAUACUGUCUAUUCUUCUUGUUGUUGCCUGCAGCAUAUUACUCUGUAGAAACCGCAGACUCGCAAAAUGCAAACAGCAGGAUGUGAGUGACAAGUGCAAAGACGUAUUCACUGUACUGAACUUUGAUGGCAACCUAGUCUACAAUGACAUAGUUGAAGCCACAGAGGACUUCAACAGUUUGUACUGCAUUGGAACUGGAGCAACUGGGAAUGUGUAUAAAGCAGAGAUUCCAAGUGGUCAAGUGUUAGCGGUCAAAAAGCUCAACGCCAGCACCUUAGAGAAAGCAGCGGUAGCAGCAAGGAGUUUCGUGGAUGAGGUGACAGCCCUGAUAGAGAUUCGGCAUAGGAAUAUUGUGAGAUUUUAUGGGUUUUGUCUGCAAGAGAGCAUCAUAUUCUUGGUAUACAAGUUUAUCGAAAGAGGAAGCUUGGCUGAUGAUUUAGGCAGUGUCGAUGGAGCAAAGGAGCUGGACUGGAACAAGCAGAUCAGAAUCAUCAAGGGAGUCGCUGAUGCCUUGGCAUACAUGCACCACGGCUGCACACCACCUGUUGUCCAUCGCGACAUUUCAAGUAAAAAUGUUUUAUUGUGCUCUGAACUGAAAGCUCAUGUCUCAGACUUUGGCACCGCAAAGUUCCUGAAUCCAGAUUCUUCUAACUGGACUACACUUGCUGGAACAUAUGGCUACCUUGCCCCAGAGCUAGCUUUCACCAUGGUCGUAACAGAAAAAUGUGAUGUGUAUAGCUUUGGCGUUCUUGCACUUGAAGUUCUUAUGGGAGCACACCCACAAGAUCAGAUUUUGAGCCUAUCAGCAAGCAUGUCAGAUGACCAACUGAAAGUAAAAUCCGAAGAUGUCUUAGACCGUCAUCUUGAAUAUCCUACAGGCCAAGAGCUUAUACAGCAGCUGGAAUUUGUGUUACAGAUAGCAACUUUAUGCCUCAACAUUAAUCCACAAUCAAGGCCAACCAUGAAUUACAUCUCUCAGAUGUUCGAAACGAAAUGUGGAAAUGAUAAUCCCAUAGCCAUUGACUUGUAG